AGACGCCGCCGAGCCCUGAGCGCGGCAGCCGCCAUGGCCGAGUCCUCGGCCUCCUUCGGCUCCGGCGCGUCGCCGCCGCUCAUUGAGUCAGAGCUCUACUUCCUCAUCGCCCGCUUUCUCAGCACCGGGCCGUGCCGCGGGACGCUGCGGGUGCUGGUGCAGGAGCUGGAGCAGCACCAGUUGCUUCCUAAAAGGUUGGAUUGGGAAGGCAAUGAGCAUUAUAGAAGUUACGAAGAACUGGUGCUAUCCAACAAGCAUGUGGCUCCAGACCAUUUAUUACAAAUUUGCAAGCGUAUUGGCCCAAUACUGGAUAAGGAGAUACCACCCAGCAUUUCGAGAGUGAAUUCCUUACUUGGUGCGGGAAGGCAAUCCUUGUUACGUACGGCAAAAGAUUGCAGGAACACUGUUUGGAAGGGCUCUGCAUUUGCUGCUCUUCACAGAGGAAGACCUCCUGAAUUUCCUGUCAACUAUGGCACGCCACCAAAUCUCGUGGAAGUAUAUCGAGCGAGACAGCUCACUGGGUAUGCAAAGUUCAGUACUUCGUUUCCAGGAAGUAUGUAUCAGCAUGUAAAGAUGCACAGGCGGAUUCUUGGCCAUCUUUCUUCUGUGUACUGCGUCGCAUUUGAUAGGACCGGACAUAGAAUAUUCACUGGUUCAGAUGACUGUCUGGUAAAGAUAUGGUCAACUCAUAAUGGCCGGUUAUUUGCCACAUUACGUGGACAUUCAGCCGAAAUUUCUGAUAUGGCUGUCAACUAUGAAAACACUAUGAUUGCAGCUGGCAGCUGUGAUAAGAUGAUCAGAGUGUGGUGUCUGAGAACUUGCGCGCCAGUUGCUGUUCUCCACGGGCACACAGGAUCCAUUACCUCAUUGCAGUUUAGUCCAAUGGUGAAAGGCUCCUUGCGAUAUAUGGUCUCUACUGGUGCAGAUGGAAACGUUUGCUUUUGGCAGUGGGAUACAGAUUCCAUGAAAUUCAGCAAUCGGCCAGUGAAAUUUACAGAGAAACCUCGACCAGGAGUUCAGAUGCUUUGUUCUUCAUUCAGUGUAGGUGGUAUGUUUUUAGCCACUGGCAGUACUGACCACGUUAUAAGGAUGUAUUAUUUUGGCUCUGAAACUCCUGAGAGAAUAGCUGAAUUGGAGAGUCACGCUGACAAAGUUGACAGCAUUCAGUUUUCCAACAGUGGUGAUAGGUUCAUAAGUGGCAGUAGAGAUGGGACAGCACGAAUCUGGCGCUUUGAAGAAGCUGAGUGGAGGAGUAUUCUGUUGGAUAUGUCAGAUCGAUUACCAGGUGACAUGUGUUCAGACGAAGAUAAAUUUAUGAGGCCUAAAGUAACGAUGAUAGCUUGGAACCAAGAUGACAACUAUGUUGUUACGGCUGUAAAUAAUCAUCUGCUCAAAGUUUGGAAUUCAUCUACAGGGCAAUUGCUUCAUGAUUUGGUGGGGCAUGCGGAUGAAGUAUUUGUCUUGGAGACCCAUCCUUUUGAUUCCAGGAUAAUGCUGUCUGCUGGUCACGAUGGCAACAUCUUUAUAUGGGACAUUACAAAGGGCACAAAAACAAAGCAUUAUUUCAACAUGAUUGAAGGCCAAGGACACGGUGCUGUUUUUGACUGCAAAUUUUCACCAGAUGGGCAGCAUUUUGCGUGUACAGAUUCUCAUGGGCAUCUGUUGAUAUUUGGUUUUGGCUGUAGCAAGCCUUAUGAAAAGAUUCCUGAUCAGAUGUUCUUCCACACUGACUACCGACCCCUUAUUCGGGACUCCAACAAUUAUGUCCUAGAUGAGCAGACUCAACAGGCUCCUCAUCUCAUGCCCCCUCCCUUCUUAGUAGAUGUGGAUGGAAACCCUCAUCCAACAAAAUAUCAAAGAUUGGUGCCCGGAAGAGAGAAUUCUGCAGAUGAACAUUUGAUUCCUCAACUUGGAUAUGUAGCAACAAGUGAUGGAGAAGUGGUUGAACAAGUUAUAGGCCAACAGACAGUUGAUCAGGAUGAACAAGGUAUGGAGCCCAGCAUUCUUGAUGGUAUGAUCAGACAAUUACAACUACAGCAAGAUCAAAGAAACGCAGCAGCAGAUCAAGAACCUGCUUCAAGUGGUCUACAGAAUGGAGAAGGAACACCUAGAAGAGUAUUCAGAAGACCAAGUUUAGACAUCCAGUCUCCUCCCAAUAUUGGUCUGCGCCGUAGCGGGCAAGUUGAAGGUGUGCGGCAAAUGCAUCAGAAUGCUCCACGAAGUCAGAUGGCUACAGAGCGAGACCUUCAGGCCUGGAGACGAAGAGUUGUUGUACCAGAAAUACCACCAAGCUUACUCAGGAAGCAGGAAAAAUAUCGAAUCGCAAAAGGGGAAGAAGAGAGAGAUCUUUACCAGUCAGAGAAGAGAAGGAAGUCAUUCCAGUCAUCGGAAAAGAGUGACUCUGAGACUUCGAUAAUACAGUCUAAACGUAGGCUGCAUAGACGGAAAUAUCCGAAUUACCGAACACGGAACAACAUUGAACAGCUCGAUUCUUCUGAUGAGGAGAGAGAUGACUGCUUUGGUUUGAUGGAGCAGGAAGCUGAAGAAAGUGAGGGCUCUGGCUCAUCUGAAGAGGAGGAAGAGUGGAGAAGUGAUAAGAAAAGCAACACUUUUAGCUCUAGCGAUUCUUCCAGUAGGUACUCUGACUGGAUUGCUGAUGCAGGGAUUAACCUGCAGCCUCCUGUCCGGACCUCUCGGCGGAAAGCUGUCAGGUACUGCAGUACCUCAGAAGAUGAAGUGUCAGCAGGGAAAUCAUCUCCUCCAAAGCGAAGAAGGAGAAAAAGAAGAAAAAAGCCCAGGCCAAAAAAGCAGGAAGGGGCUAAUACACCAACACAACCAGUAAAUUCAGAACUGUCGUACGAUUGGCAUCCUCCUGUUUGGAUAACAGACACAGCUCUUCGAAGAUCUCCGUUUGUUCCUCAGAUGGGUGAUGAGGUAAUAUAUUUUCGACAAGGACACGAAGCUUACAUUGAAGCGGUUAGAAGAAAUAACAUUUAUGAACUGAAUCCACACAAGGAGCCUUGGAGAAAAGUAGUGCUUAGGGAUCAGGAGUUGGUAAAGAUUGUUGGAAUUAGGUACGAGGUUGGUCCUCCCACGUUGUGUUGCCUCAAGCUUGCCUUUAUAGAUCAUGCCACCGGAAAACAUACUGACAAAUCAUUUUCCAUCAAAUACCAUGAUAUGCCAGAUGUUAUUGACUUCCUUAUAUUACGUCAGUUCUAUGAUGAAGCACGGCAAAGGAACUGGCAAGCUUCUGACAGGUUCCGAUCCAUUAUUGAUGAUGCAUGGUGGUUUGGAACAGUGUUGGGUCAAGAACCAUAUCAGCCUCAAUAUCCAGAUAGUCACUUUCAGUGUUACAGUGUUAAAUGGGACAACGGUGAGGUUGAGAAGCUCAGUCCAUGGGACAUGGAACCAAUAUCUGAUAAUGUCGAUCAGCCUGAGGAAUUGGGAGCCAGUGUUUCUGUGACUUUUGAAGAAAUGGAGAAGCUGCUGUACAAACCUGAAGAAGGGGAGUGGGGGAUGCGAUCCCGCGAUGAAGCUUGUGAGCGGAUCAUCAGCGGUAUCGACCAACUUCUGACUCUUGACAUUUCAGCAGCUUUUGCUGGUCCAGUUGACCUGUGUACAUAUCCCAAGUACUGUACUGUGAUUGCUUACCCAACAGACCUGAACACUAUUCGAACAAGACUGGCCAACAGAUUUUACAGGAGAAUCUCUGCAUUAGUUUGGGAAGUAAGAUACAUCGAAAGCAAUGCCAGGACCUUCAAUGAACCUGGGAGCGCUAUCGCUAGAGCUGCAAAAAAGAUCACUACGCAGCUCUUAAAGUUUAUCAAUGAUCAAGACUGUACAAACAUUUUUGACCUAUGUAGCACCACAGAUGAUGAACAAGAUUGUCUUGAUGCUGAUGAUCUGGAUGAUGAGAAAUGUCGUCCAAGAACAUCAUACAGAAGAAGAAAAGGACGGGGGAAAAGAGGAAAAAGCAUGAAAAAUGGCUAUGAUGAAAACUGCUGGAAGAAACAGUGUAUGGAGCUUGUGAACUUAAUUUUCCAGUGUGAAGAUUCUGAACCUUUUAGGCAGCCAGUUGAUUUGGACCAAUAUCCUGACUACAGACAUAUUAUAGACACUCCGAUGGACUUUGGUACAGUGAAAGAAACUCUGGAAGCUGGAAAUUAUGACACUCCGAUGGAACUGUGCAAAGAUAUAAGACUAAUAUUUAGUAAUGCAAAGUCUUAUACUCCAAACAAAAAAUCAAAGAUUUAUAGUAUGACCUUGAGGUUGUCAGCACUAUUUGAAGAGAAAAUAAGAAGAAUUGUUUCAGAUUUCAAAAACGGUCAGAAGCAGAAUGAAAAGAUACGAAGAAACCAGAGGUACACUAGAAGGGUUCAGAGUCAAAGCUCAGCACAGCAUCCUACCAAAAUGCCCAGUAGAAAUUUGAAGCAGAAACCAUUAAAGUCUCAGGCAAAAAUUGAAUCUGAACAGGAAGAUUCUUUUAGUCAACCUACCUCAAGCAGAGCAGCUUGUGUUGCAAGCCAUAAGACAAAUGCUAGCAAUUACAACCAUAGUUCGUCUGGAGAAUCCUCUGAUUCUGCAUGCCUGGCAUCCUUUGAAAGGAAUGGAAAAGCUAGAUCUACAACACUAACGAACCGCUCAACAUUGUCAUCAGCAGAAAGUGAAGUAGAAGGUUCUUUAGCUUCCUCUACACCCUCUUCAUCCUCUACAGAAGAGAGCUCAGAAGAGAGCAAAGAAAGCUCUGUGGCUCUUGUGUCACCUCCGCUACACAAUGGUAUAUGUAGAAGAAAGAACAUCAAUUGCAGGAUAACAAGAAAUCAAGCUGCUCAAAGAAAACAAAUAGGUACGCUUCCCCAGGAGAAUGGGAAUACAAGAAAAGCUGUCAGGAAAAGGUUAUAUGAAAGUGAUUCUGAAAAUACUUCAGCGGUGACAUCCGAGUCUCUGAGUAAUAGUACAGGGAGACAUAGAAAAAUCCCACGCAGAAGUGCUACUGUGGCUGCUACUAAGUUAAGACUCAUGAGCGAUGUGGAAGAAGAGGUUUCAAGCUCAGAAAGUAUUGGGAUUGGGUGCAAAAAUAGAAAACUGCCUCACCGAAAUGCCUCAGCUGCAGCCAGGCGAAUGUUACUGGAGGGGUCUGAGGAUGAUGCAGGUUUGAAGUCUGAAAGUGAAAAAGAAACGGAAGAGCAGCUUACCAAGAGGAAAGUUCUUUCUCUAUCUACUUCAUCUGCUGUACGAAGAAAAUUUGUUAGUGAAUCUGAAAAUGAAAGUUCAGAUUCUGAGACAGAUACGCAGAUGAAACAGAAAACCUGGCAAAGCAAUGGCCAUAGGCAGUUACGAGGGACAGCUCUUUCUGCGUCUCCCGAAAUGAGGAGUCCCACACGAGGCUUUUCAGAGGAGGACUCCAAAAGCCAUAAUUCAGAGGAUGGGAGCAGUCAGAAAGCUGAGCAGUCAAUGUCUGCAAAUAAGUUUGUUGUGAGCAACUCGGAGGAUGAAGCGUGUUCCGAAUCAGAUAGGUGGAAUGCCAGAAAAUUGUUUGGUCUGCACCUUGUUGCUCCUAUAAAAAAAGCAAAAGUCUUGAGUGAUUUGGAGGACACAGCAGAAUCUGAAACAGAAGACAGACAGGAUGGGAGAAGUGUCGUUUCAGAAACCUUGGUGCCAUGUAGAAUUACAGCGAGCCCUAAUUCUGGACCUGGUGCUGAUUUCAAUGACUCUUGUGAUACGGAAUCUGAAACAAAUUCCAAUAACAGCAAUUAUUUUGACGCUUCUUCAAAAACAAAAAAGAGGAAGAGAAAAGGAAAAACAAAAAUCUUCAGAAAAGAAUCUACAUCUGAGGAGCCUGGACAAAGUGGGAAAGUGCUCAGGAGCAGGACGUGUAUCAUUAACUACAGGAAGCACAUAAAGGUGUCUAAUGUGACAGAAAAGAAAAAUCCACGCAGAUGUGCCACUCUAGCAGCUAAUAAGAUUAAGAUAAUGAGUGAUACAAAGGAAGAGCUAUCGAGCUCGGAGAGCGUUUGCACAGUGAAAAAGAACAGAAGGCAGCUUCAUGGCAGUGCGUCUGGGGCAUCCAAGAAAAAACCGAUCAGCAGCUCAGAUAUAGAUGUCAGUGUAAUGUCUGAAAAUGAGAAGGAACAGGAUUCUGAUGGAAAAAAUGAUUUUUGUUCUGGAUCAUCUGCUCCUAAGAGAAAAUACAUUAGUGAGUCUGAAGAUGAAAAAACGGAAUCUGAGGUGGAGAUAGAAGUGACUAAAAAGGAGAAUGAUAACGACAGUCAGACGAAGAGAACUGAAAGUGAUGCAGCUCUUAAAAAUACGUUUGACUCUUCAGAGGAGAAUUCCACAAACCACAAGGUAGAAAAUGGGAGAAACUGGAGAACUUCUGGUCAGUCGACUUCAGCCUACAACCAUCAUGUGAGCAACUCUGAAGAGGAGGUGAGUUCUGAGUUAGCUAAACGUGAAACUAAAACUAUCAGAAGAGCACGAAAUAAAAGAUCCAGAGCUCCUUUGAAAAGAUUAAAAUUAUCAAACGACUUAAAAGAAACAUCAGAAUCUGCAGCAGGGAGGAAAAUAGAGGAAAAAAGCUCAGUAUCAGAGAACGUGGAAACACCUGGCACUGCAGGGAGCUCAAAAGCCAAUCUCAAUUGUUCUUCUGAUUCAGACUCUGGAACUGAUAACAGUAUAUACAGCGAUGCCACAGAAACAAAAAAGAGAAAAACAGACAUUGUUAGAAAAGAAAUUUCAAAUUUACCUAAGACUUCCAGAAGACCCCAGCGAAGGAAACGUCGGAAACCUAAGCAAGAAAACGACUCUGAAGAUUUGGAGUAUACCAAAUACAGAAGAGCUAACCGGCGUACUAAGAUAAGAACUCGAAACAGGGGUAGGCGGACUGUUAGAUACGAUGAUUGUGACGAUGACGAUGAUGACAGAGGUGUAGGUGAUGCAGCUUGUGAAACGUAACCUUAAAAGGAAAAGCCAGCCCACUUUUUUUUUUUUUAUGGUAAUAGCACUAGAACUCACGUUGGAUCGUUGGAUGCUGGCUCUUCCUUGUCCUACAUUUCAGGGAAUAUAUUUAUAUUUUUCUAUGAAAAAGUUAUGAAUGUGAUUAGAUCAUGACUUUCUCCUUUUCAUAUUUUGACUUGCACUUGCCUGCCCAUGUAGCAGCAUUUAGCACAGAUGCCAAAAUGUGCCUCAUUAUAGGGGCAAUUUUUUUGUCUUUACUGGUAUUUUAUUACAUAUAACAAGAGUUUAAAAAAAAAAAAAGUUAAAACACUGCGUAACAGGUUAAUAGCAGUAUGUUGAGUAUUAUUGUUAUGGGUGCUGCAAUGGAAUACUACCUAGGUCAUUCAACAUUCGAGAACAAAUUUCAAACAUCUCUAAUGCUGUAAGAAAUCAUAUAUGAUAUUAACAGGCUUAUAAAUAAUAGUGUACGCUAUAAAAAUUCGGUGGAUGCUAGUAUUGCAUCAAAUGAGUAAUGAACAGUCACUGAGUUAAUGACAUUACAGCUUCUGUUAGUACAGAUGUUAAAUGUUCUGUACCUUCAUUAAUGAAAACAUACAACUAGAACCAGUUACCAGUUGAGAAAAGCGUAUUUGCCAAUUAAAAAGGCAUAUUGGUGCUGGUGAAGAGAGGAUUUAUACUGACAGGUAGUACUAUCAUUAAUGUGACUUCUAUACUGUAAACUUAAGAAUAUGAAAUGCAGGUGAACUCUUGGGCCUAAGGGUUUUUGUGUGUUUUCUUUAUAAAAUAGAAAAACCAACAAAACA